AUCAACAGCAGCUUCUUCUGACAUAUACACACGCACACUCACCCUGGACACACUUUCAGCACACUUUUCCUCCAUUUGAUUAACAGUGCUGCACACACAAUGAUUACGGGAAAGCGUAAAUAAAUACGGAAAGGGGUGCUUAUUUUGACUACUGGAAGAGCUUUGCUGGGUCUCAGCGCAACUUUUUUUUUUUUUUUUUUAUUCCUGAGAAGGUGAUCUCUCCAUGCGGUUCUCUCACACAAGGAUUCUUUAAAAGAGGAAGAGAGACAAGGAGGGGGGGAGAACAGUCUUUCACUUUAAGAACGGCUGGGCUCAAAGAUAAAAGGAAGGGAAAAGCAGCAGCAGCAGCAGGGAAACCAACGCUGCAGCACUUCCGAAAAGCAUUUUUGAUCCAUUUCUGAGCGCUGCGGCCCGUUUCUCCACCGAAGUUGGCUCCAGCUCUAGCAGCCGCAUUGGAUCCCACAGCCUACUGCGAGACUCCGGUGUACAAUCCGGAUCUCUGCCCCAACAUGAUUGCGGCCCAGGCCAAGCUUGUCUACCAUCUGAAUAAAUACUACAACGAAAAAUGCCAAGCCAGGAAAGCUGCCAUUGCCAAAACUAUCCGGGAAGUCUGCAAAGUAGUUUCCGACGUACUGAAGGAAGUGGAAGUGCAGGAGCCGCGGUUCAUCAGCUCUCUCAACGAGAUGGACAAUCGCUACGAGGGCCUCGAGGUCAUCUCCCCCACCGAAUUUGAAGUGGUGCUUUAUCUCAACCAAAUGGGGGUGUUCAACUUCGUGGACGAUGGCUCACUGCCCGGCUGCGCGGUGCUGAAGUUGAGCGACGGGCGCAAGAGAAGCAUGUCCCUCUGGGUGGAAUUCAUUACCGCCUCCGGCUACCUCUCGGCGCGCAAAAUCCGGUCCAGGUUUCAGACGCUGGUGGCUCAAGCGGUAGACAAAUGUAGCUACAGGGAUGUGGUAAAGAUGGUGGCAGACACCAGCGAAGUGAAACUGAGAAUCCGAGAUAGGUACGUGGUGCAGAUCACGCCGGCUUUUAAAUGCACCGGGAUCUGGCCGAGGAGUGCUGCCCACUGGCCACUUCCCCACAUCCCCUGGCCGGGACCCAACCGGGUGGCGGAGGUCAAGGCGGAAGGUUUCAAUCUCUUGUCCAAGGAGUGCCACUCCCUGGCCGGCAAGCAGAGCUCGGCGGAGAGCGACGCCUGGGUGCUGCAGUUCGCAGAGGCAGAGAACAGACUGCAGAUGGGGGGCUGCAGAAAGAAGUGCCUCUCCAUCCUCAAAACCUUAAGGGAUCGUCACCUUGAACUGCCUGGCCAGCCCUUGAACAAUUACCACAUGAAGACUCUGGUUUCCUACGAGUGUGAAAAGCAUCCCCGGGAGUCGGACUGGGACGAGUCUUGCCUGGGUGAUCGGCUGAACGGGAUUUUGCUGCAACUUAUCUCCUGCCUGCAGUGCCGGCGGUGUCCUCACUACUUUCUACCGAACUUAGAUCUGUUUCAAGGCAAACCUCACUCAGCUCUGGAAAACGCUGCCAAACAAACGUGGCGACUGGCAAGAGAGAUCCUGACCAACCCGAAAAGUUUGGAAAAACUUUAGAGGAUGAGUUAAUCACGAGCCGAAAUUAUUACCCUUCUCAAAGUCCUUAUUAAGUGUAAACUUCUGUUCAAUUCCUAAUAUUCCACUCCGCAGUGUAAACAAUCUCUUCCUUUAAAAAGGAAUAAUAAUACAAUAUUUAGACAUCAUCUCACCCACCCCCACACGGGGAGAAAAAGUAGGGGAAGCGGAUGGAGAAAAACCCAAAGCCACUAGUAUUAGAAGACUUCUUGCCACACGAUUUCCUAUCUCCCUUGAAAAGUGCACCGUAACACUCCGUAAACAGCCCAGUUGUAAUGCAAGACCGCGACGAACACUCCGCCUAACUAUCAAAGGAUUAUAGCAAUCCUGGUGAUUUAGGUGCAUCUGCCUGUGAGUAAACACGAUUUGGAUAUGCCAUCUGAAAGAAACUGUAAUGUAUAUUUUGAUUUGUAACAAAUAUGGUGAUCUCACAUUGUCUUUGAAAGUGUGGAUGUUGGUGUUUGUGAUUUGGUGAACAGAACUUAAAUUGCCAUUCUUGAUACUUCCAGACAUUUUCCACUAACAAAGUUAUCAUUUAAAGGUAGAUUUCCUCCUGGUACUUUCCUCUGUCUUUGAAAGUGUCUGAACUUUAAAAAGUUUACAUUUUGUUUCAAAUAUUGCUUGUUCUAUUUCUAACAUUCCAUAAAUAUACUUGAAAUGUUAUUUAAAUAUAUUCAAAGAAAUUUGAAUUCAGCUUAUAUAAUAACGCUUGAAUAUCUGAAUUAUAUAUUUGAGAAAUGCACUUGAAAUACACUGGAUAAUUACUUUUGUGAUUUAGAUUUUAAUUUGUUGCUGGUUUUUAUUUAAUUAGAUGCUAAUAAAUGAAG